GGAAUAAUGGAGCUUUAAUCAGCCUCUAAUUGAGACAGAGUAGACGAUAAUGGAGUUGCUGCAAGGAAGAAGGGCAAUCAAUUGUUAGGUUUGGUGUGAGAAAGAUAGAGACGCCACGCUGAAGAGAUAUAUACAGACACGGCAGAUGCCAUUAUUAAUUUAUAGUAGUAAUUAUCUUUAAUAUAAGGACUGACAUUUUUGACCCAAAAUAGGACAAGUUGAAGCGAGCGAACUGGAUAUGGCCAUUGGAACGAUGCUCUCCGCAUUCAGAAAACUCUCUAACACUUCACGGAUAACCCCUUUUCGAUCUCUUAGUACAUUGGUUUUAGCUGAACACGAAGGAGGAUUAAUCAAAAACUCAUCAUUAAGUGCUGUGGAGGCUGCAAAAUCCUUAGGUGGGGACAAUUCGAUAUCGUUGCUACUUGCUGGAUCUGGUCAUUCCCUGAAGGAAGCUGCGGAACAUGCUGCUUCAUCCCACCCUUCCGUUUCUCAGGUCCUUAUUGCUGAUUCUGACAAAUUUACAUACCCUUUGGCUGAACCAUGGGGCAAAUUAGUCCAUCUUGUUCAGCAGAGUGGUGGCUAUUCACACAUAAUUGCUGCAUCAGGUUCAUUUGGGAAAAAUAUAUUACCGCGUGCAGCAGCUCUUCUGGACAUUUCUCCAAUUACUGAUGUCACAAAGAUUUCUGGAUUAAACCUCUUUAUUAGGCCAAUAUAUGCAGGAAAUGCUCUUUCCACUGUUCGUUACACAGGUUCCAGCCCAUGUAUGUUGAGCAUUAGAGCUACAUCUUUUCCUGUUGCUUCAGAAACAGCUGAUUUGAAAUCUUAUGCUGCGUCAAUAGAUCAGGUUGAUCUUUCAACCUUGGAUGAAGACGAGUCAGUUGCUAAGUCGACAUAUGUAAAGCUUUCCGCACAAAUUUCGGAGCGCCCAGAUCUUGGAAAUGCACGUAUUGUAGUUACUGGUGGACGAGGUGUAAAGAGUGCUGAGAACUUCAAAAUGAUAGAUAAGCUUGCAGAGAAAAUCGGUGCCGCAGUUGGUGCCACUCGUGCUGCAGUGGAUGCUGGAUUUGUUCCCAACGAUCUCCAGGUUGGCCAAACUGGGAAAAUUGUUGCCCCAGAAUUGUAUAUGGCAUUUGGUGUUUCUGGUGCGAUUCAACACAUAGCAGGCAUGAGAGAUUCCAAGGUCAUUGUUGCUGUAAAUAAAGAUGCAGAUGCCCCCAUAUUCCAGGUUGCUGAUUAUGGACUCGUGGGUGAUCUUUUCGAUGUCAUUCCGGAGUUGUUAGAGAAACUUCCUGAGAAAAAGUAGAAAAUAUACCAGUCAUUGUGAUUCAAUAAAGAUGAAGAUGAUGUAUGUGGUGGAUGACAUUUGUUAUCCAGGAAUAAUAUAUACUAAUAUCAUUCAUUAUUUCAA